AUGGCCAGUCGAGCACGUGCGAGAUCAAGAGGCCGAGCACGAGGUCAGGAGCCAUCAGCACCUGGGGUAAGCAAACCACAAGAGCCUGCACCACAUGUUACAGCCAAAGCAGAAGCUGGGCUGGUUGGUCGAGGGAGGCAGAAGUCCGGUCCUGUACCUUAUUCUGAAGAAGCUGCACUGGAGAUCUCCGCUGGAUUUCAGCAUGUCAAGAUAGGAGAUAGAGGUGGACGCCGAAGGGAUUUCCAUGAUGCUGGGGUUUAUACCAGGCAGCUGAUGGAGCACGUCAAAACCUCAAAGUCCGGAACCAGUGGCUCGACAAUUCAGUUGUCGGCCAACUUUUUUCGCAUCCUGUCCCGCCCUAAUUGGGUUCUGUACCAAUACCAUGUGGACUUCAAGCCACCAAUGGAGUCACGUCGCCUACGAUCAGCCCUUCUAUAUCAGCAUGAAGUACUGGGCGCUGUUCACUGCUUUGAUGGAAAUAUUCUGUUUCUGCCGAUACUACUUGCUAACAAGGUGACUGAGCUGUACAGCGAGACAAGAAAUGGAGAGAAAGUGCAGAUAACUGUCACACUGACUAAUGAACUGCCCCCGACAUCACCAGUCUGCCUGCAGAUCUACAACAUUAUAUUCAGGAGGAUUUUGAGAAUUCUCGGCAUGCAGCAAAUUGGACGCAAUUACUACAAUGCUAAAGAUCCACUUAACAUCCCGCAACACAGACUGACCAUUUGGCCAGGCUAUGCAUCAGCCAUUUUGCGUUAUGAGUCCUCCAUCUUGCUGUGUACUGAUGUGAGCCACAAGGUGCUGCGUAGUGAGACUGUCCUUGAUUUCAUGGGCAACCUGAGGCAGAAGUGUAGCCCUCAUUCCUACACUGACAUCUGUGCCCGGGAGCUUAUUGGACUUAUUGUUCUCACCAAAUACAACAACAAAACCUACAGGAUUGAUGACAUUGCUUGGAACCAAACCCCCUGCAACACAUUCACGAGAGGGGACACCGACAUCUCUUUCAAGAACUACUACAAAAAUCAAUAUGGCCUGGAAAUUAUGGAUGACAAACAAGUUCUCCUGGUCAGUCAUGUGAAGAAGGCUGCUCAAGGUCAAACUCCUACUGGCCCAGCUUUGCUCAUUCCAGAGCUAUGCUACCUUACAGGUCUGACUGACAAGAUGCGAGCAGACUACACCAUCAUGAAGGACCUGAGUGUGCACACCAAACUGGUCCCAGAAAAGAGGGCAGAGCGCCUUGUAAGAUUUUCAUCUACCAUAAACAAAGAUGAGACAGUACAGGGAGAGCUGACGAAGUGGGGACUCAAAUUUGACGAGAAACUCUUAAAUCUGACCGGCAGAGUCCUUCCACCAGAAAUUAUUUCCCAGGGAUCCAGAUCUUAUAGUUAUAACCCCCGGACAGCUGACUGGGCGAAAGAGAUGCGUGGGUUGUCAUUGAUUAACUGUCCUCCUCUGCGAAAUUGGUUGCUGCUUUACACUCGCCGUAACACAAGAGAAGCUCAAAGCCUCCUGGAGACCCUUUACAGAGUGUCAGCUCCACUUAGGAUCGACUUACAAAAAGCUGUCAUGAUUGAGUAUGAGGAUCAUCAGCAAUCUCUGCUGAGAGCCCUUCAGCACAAUGUCAGAGCUGAAACACAGAUGGUGGUGAUCAUCCUAAGCAGCAGCGGAAAGGAUAAAUAUGACAGCGUUAAGAAAUACCUCUGUGUGGAAUGCCCUACACCCAGUCAGUGCGCUCUGGGACGAACCCUCAGCCGGCCUCAAGCCCUCAUGACUAUUGCCACCAAGAUAGCCCUUCAAAUGGCCUGCAAGAUUGGUGGAGAGCUGUGGAGUGUGGAAAUACCUCUAAAACAGCUGAUGAUCGUGGGCAUCGAUUGCUACCAUGAUACUACUGCUGGGAAAAGAUCCAUUGGCGCUUUGGUGGCCAGUCUCAAUCAGAGCAUGAGCAGAUGGUAUUCAAAGGUGAAACUGCAGAACCGAGGUCAGGAAAUCAUGGAUGGACUGAAGAUUUGCUUCACAGGUGCCCUCAAAGACUACUACAAGUUCAACAAAUGCUUCCCGUCACGCAUCAUUGUGUACCGUGAUGGGGUGGGGGACGGCCAGCUCCACAGCAUUGUUAAUUUUGAAGUGGCCCAGAUCAUCGACUCCAUCAAGUCCCUUGGACAAGACUAUAUGCCCAAGAUGAGUGUAGUAGUAGUGAAGAAACGAAUCAACUGCAGGCUCUUUGAGCACAGCCAUGGAAAGAUCAUCAACCCACCACCAGGGACUGUUGUCGACACGGAGAUCACUCGUCCGGAAUGGUAUGACUUCUACAUUGUGAGCCAGGCAACCAAUUUUGGAAGUGUCUCGCCUACGCACUACAAUGUUGUGUACGACACCAGUGGACUCAAGCCCGACCAUAUGCAGCGGCUCACCUACAAGCUGUGCCACAUGUACUACAACUGGCAGGGUAUCAUCGCAGUCCCUGCUCCCUGUCAGUAUGCCCACAAGUUGGCCUUCCUCGUGGGUCAAAGCCUUCAUAAGGAGCCCCACAUGGAACUGGAUGACCUUCUUUUCUAUUUGUAG